AUGGAGGCCCUGCUACCGCCUCCAAGCGAGCUCGUAAGCGCGAUACGAAGCACCUGCGCCACCAUUACGGCCCAGGGCGGCAUCACCAUUGAACCCGCCAAAAUCGACGAGUACAUCCAAUCAGUACCGCAGGAGGACUGGGAGCGCGAGUCUGGGCCGGAAAAGCAUGGCGUGCGGUUGCCGCUCGUGUUCGACUCGGUGGAGGAGGAACUGGACGUCCUCGGCACCCUCGGCCUCCUCAACUUCCUCAGCGGCCACCGACACGCCCUCCACCGCCUGACCGGGCGCGGCGCAUUCUCGACAAUCCAGAUGCUCGUUCUCUCCGCCUACAUCUCUUCCUCCGACAAUCCCGAUUCCUCCAUCCUUACAGCCCACGGCAUGCGUCAAGCGACAGUCGCGCAGCUCGCAGACCUCGCUCGCAUCGAGACGCACGUCGAGAAGGCGCAUCCAACCCUCGGAAAUGCCGUCAAGGUUGGCGAGAAGGACGACGAGGCGUUCGAGAUCCUCGGGUUGCUGGCGGGCGUGCUGAACAAGACGGGCGAGAUGUUGGAACGGCUAGGGAAGCGGUCCAUGGGGGCAUGGUUGUUGGAGAAGCUCGUCGAGGCGGAAGGAGGCGGCGCCAAGCUGGUGCACGACCUCGCCUCGACCUUCCCCGCCUUCCGCGACGUCCACCUCGUCGACAGCCAGCCCGUCUUCAUCCUGAAAAAGGCCCUCUGGCUCGUCACAGUCAUUUCACUCGCCUUUCGCACACGAGAACUGUCCGAUGUGCCCUUCAAGGUGCCCGACAUCUCGAGCUUCCCGGUCUUUGCCGACAACGUCCUCCCGACCCUCCUCGUUCACCACGGCAUCCUCGACCUAUCCGCCUCCUCCGACCCCGCCCUCCGCUCGCUCUCCCUCUCCACUCCCUCUUCACUCACCCUCUCCUCCGCCUCCGCAACCCGCCUCCGCGCCGCCUCGAUCGUCGCCUGCUCAGCCAUCGUCUCUCGCGCACACGAGCUCGCCACUCAGCUGGGCAAGGAGUGGCUGGCGAGUUGGACGGAGCAAGAGUUGGAUGGGUGGCUGUGGAGCGAGGGGAAGCGGGCGGAUUUGCGGGAGGUCGAGCGGAUAGCGGAGAAGGGGACGGUGUACUACUGA